AUGGGCAAAUUUUCCGUGAGAAUAGUUCCUGAUCAGAACCCGAGGAAGAUUGCGGACCUUGUGAGGAAGCAUCUGGUGUCCGUGCAUAAGAAACGCAAAUCGAGCAACCGCCUGGAAAUCAAAGUGUUUCGUGAUGGCCAGCCCUUCCUCGCAGAUCACACAUGCCCCAAUUUCACCGCAGCCAAACGAGCGGUUACGCAUGUGUGGGGAAAGCAGCCCGAUCUCACACGAGACGGGGCUACAAUUUCCAUGGCAGUCGCUCUAGAGGAAACCACUAACCGAGAUGUUGUCCUGAUUCCCAUGGGUCAGUGCCUGGACUUUCAUCACGAAGUGAACGAAAGACUCUCAAUCAACAACUAUAUUAAAGGCAUACAGGUCUUUGCUUGUUACCUCUUCCACAUUGCUGCUCUGGACAAGGAAGACAGUGAUCUGGAGGCGGAACGGCAGCUGCAACGAAAGAAAUGGCGUCAAACCUUCUGGUGA